AUGAUGCAUGUGACAGAAGUUUUGGAUAUCUUGAGGAAUCCUCAUAUCUUUCAUCUGCAUGAUCAAGAGGAGAAUCCAGAAACUAUCCAUAGGAGAAACCUAGAGGCUGAAAAUAUUUCUCAUAAGAUAUUUAAGUAUUUUCAGUACUUAUCGAUGACUGGACCUCACCAAGCUGUAAGCCAAAUCCAAGAACUCUACUGGCAGUGGCUACAGCCAGAGACACACACUAAGGAGCAAAUAAUAGAUCAACUGGUGUUGGAGCAGUUUCUGACCACCUUGCCAGAGGAGAUUCUGGCAUGGGUGAGGUCAAAACAGCCCAAGAACAGCAAGGAGGCAGGAACCUUGGUGGAAAUUUUCAUCCAGGCACAUGGGGAGAAUGGUUUCCUUGCCCAGGACUCUGAUCUUGCAGAAAAAAAGAACACAACCAUAUUAGAAAGUGUACAACCUACUGGGCCCCAGGAGCUGGUGACCUUCCAGGAUGUGUUCGUGGACUUCAGUCCAGAGGAGAUGAGCUACCUUACUGCUGCUCAGAGGAAGCUCCACCGAGAGGUGACACUGGAGAAUUACCGGAACCUGGUCUCCUUUGGGUACCAAUUUGCUAAACCUGACAUUAUCUCAUACUUGGAGGAGGAAGAGUCACGCACAAUUGAAGAAGGUAGCAAUGCAGGGAUAGAGGAAGAGUCACAUGCUGUGGAAGAAGGCAGCAGUGCAGUGAGAUGUCAAGGUUAUGAGAAGAAACCUGAAACCAAAGAACUAAUUCCAGAACGAAACCUAGCUAUAGAACGAUCGUCAUUGGUAGAAAUGGAGAAUCCAGCAAUAGGUAACUUCUUGCAUGAAUGUCUAGAAGAGUCUUCCAUUGAUGAUCCAUCAGAAUUGCACCAGCACAGACAGAAGAAAAUUUUGAUUCCUGUAACAAUGAGUGAUCCCAAGAUCCCUCAGGAAAGAAGCCAGAGCAGUGAUGAAUGUGAGAGAAGCUGUAACCGUAUUGAGCAAUCAGAGUAUCUUCUAGAAAAGAAUCCCCAAGAAUGUACUACUUUUGGAAUGUGUACCAGACCGCAGACAGUGAACAGACCCACAUGUGAUCUUUGCAAAAGAACCUUUACCACCCGAGGAGCCCUUGUGAGACAUGAGCAGAUCCAUUCUGGGAAGAAACCCUAUGAAUGUAAACAAUGUGGCGAGGCCUUCUAUCUGAUGCCACACCUCAUCAGACAUCAGAGGACUCAUUUUGGUAGGAAGCGCUCUCAGUGCAGUGAAGGUAGAAAGUCUCUCAUCCAGAAUGGAAAUGCCUGUGGACAAGUGAGAAUUCAUAGUCAAGAGGACUACUAUGAAUGUUUUCAGUGUGGCAAAGCUUUUAUUCAGAAUGUGCAUCUUUUUCAACAUCUCAAAGCCCAUGAGGCAGCAAAACCCAUUCCUUCUGAGUUUCCCUGCAACAAGACAUAUUUAAUUCGCUAUCAGCGGAAACAUGACUAUGUUGGAAAGAGAGCCUGCCAGUGUUGUCACUGUGGCAAAGCCUUCAGUCAGAUUUCACAUCUCAUUCAGCAUUAUCGAAUUCAUGCUCAAGAGAAGCCUUACCAGUGUCAGCUGUGUGGAAAGUGUUUCAGUCUGCCCUCAUACCUCACUCACCAUUAUCAACUCCAUUUUCAAGAGAAACCCUCUGGGUGGAAUGACUGUUGA